GGGUCAUGUGACCGGCGGCAACGCGCCAAGAUGGCGGCGUCCAGGGAGGAGCCGCAGUAGCGUGGAAGGGAAUUCUUCCUGAUGGACGACUGCUGAGCACACUGGGACUCCCAAGAAAGACCUGGAAAGCUUUAGCUACAUCAGACUGGAACCAUGUUAAGCAAACCAGUGCUGGUGGAAUCCCUGAUCGUGUUCCUCAUCGUCCUCCUGGUGCACACAAAGGUCUGGGACCGCUACUCCUGGUGCGCCGCCGCCCUCGCCAUCCAGGCCUUCUACGUCCAGUUCAAGUGGGACCAUCUCCUCCAGCUGGGGGGGGCUGUGUUCCAGUUCCGUGCAGGAGCCAACAGUGGCCUCCUGCCAGCCAGCAUGGUGAUCCCCUUGCUGGGGAUAGCCAUGAAGGAGAGGUGCAAAGCUGCUGGCAUCGUCUACUUCGAGCGCUUCGGCAUCGUCGUGGCGUCCGCCGGGAUGCUGGUCGCUCUCUUCCUGUCGGUCCUGGCAGUUGGCAUCACAAAACCCAUGCCAACCAACACCUGCAUACUCACCGGCGUGGCUGGCAGUAUUGUUAUCUACACCAUGAAGCACUCCCUGACUGUGUCAGAAGUGAUAGAGGUCCUAGAAGUGCUGCUCAUUUUUGUCUACCUCAGCAUGAUCUUGCUGUACUUGCUGCCUCGGUGUUUCACCCCGGGAGAAGCGCUGCUGGUUCUGGGAGGUGUGAGUUUUGUUCUCAAUCAGCUCAUUAAACGCUCCCUCAAUGUAGUCGAGGGCAGAGGGGACCCCAUAGACUUCUUCCUUCUGGUAGCAGUUGUUGGAGUUGUUCUUCUGGGGCUUUUUUUCACCGUGCUCUUCGUUUUCAUGGAUUCAGGCACGUGGAUCUCCUCCAUGUUUUUCCACACGAUGACAGCAGUGCUGGGCUUAGGGGUCAUCAUGCCGUGGCUGUACCGACUGAUCCAGAGGAACCCUUUGUUCUGGCUACUCCAGUUUCUCUUUCAGACACAGACAAGGCUUUACCUCCUCCUGUAUUGGACCUUUUUGGCUGCUUCAGCAUGUGGUGUAGUUUUCUACCAGAAUGCUAAGAGAUCAUCUGAAUGUAAGAAACACCAGGCCUCCACGGUCACCAGGAAAUAUUUCCAUUUCAUUGUUGUAGCUACUUAUGUUCCUGGGCUGAUCUACGACCGCCAGCUCCUCCACGUGGCUGCAGUGCUGUGCCUGGCAGUCUUCAUCUUCUUAGAGUACGUCCGGUACUUCAGGAUCAAACCAUUUGGCCAAACCCUUAGGCAACUGCUGUCUCUCUUCUUGGAUGAAAGGGACAGUGGACCUCUAAUCCUGACUCAUAUUUAUCUCCUCCUCGGCAUGUCCCUCCCAAUCUGGUUGUUCCCUAGAUCUUGUGCUCCUAAAGGUGCCUUGCCUGGGGCAGGAGCACUGGUCCCCUACUCUGGGGUGCUGGCAGUUGGGGUAGGAGACACCAUUGCCUCUGUUUGUGGCAGUACGAUGGGGGAAAUCAAAUGGCCAGGAACAAAGAAGACUUUUGAAGGGACAAUGACAGCUAUUUUUGCUCAGAUCAUUGCUGUGGCUCUUAUACUGAUCUUCGACAGCAGCGUGAAUCUGAACUCCAGCUACGCCUGGAUUCUGGCAUCUGUGACCUUAGUUUCUCUUUUGGAGACUUACACAACCCAAAUUGAUAAUCUGCUGCUGCCCCUCUACCUCCAGAUAAUGUUUAUGGUAUAGAAGCACUUCCAGGAACAGAGGUCUCCUCCCUUUCUAGAGAAAAGUGGUAACAAAAUAUGCACUGUAAUGAGAGCUCAGAGCUGAUCUGGGCUCUGCUUUUGGUGCAGCAGGUAAAAACAAAGGAAAAAGACCUAUUUAAAAUAAAGGUUUGGUUUUGUUCUUGUUUUCUCCCUCACUUAAAACUGUGUGAGUUGAUUUCUCAGGAACCCAGACACAACUUGUAAAUUGGAUUAUUAAACACAAAUGCUCUUUUUUAAGUCUCUUCUGGGUGCUCAGAGGUAGAGGAAGAAAAGGUAAGUCAGAGAGAACAGAACAAACCUCUCACAUGUUGCCACCUCUGUAUUGCAUCAGAACCAAAACUUGUCUCACUAUACUGAGCCCUGCUGUCUUGGAUUAUUAAAAAUGGGAACCCCUUGUUUCUGUGGAAUCACCAUUUAAAGCAUGUUUUAUAAUGAGGGUGGCCACCACCUGCACUGAGGGAGUUCCAGUGUCCCAGCAUAUCCAGUUACUGUCACCCAGAGCUGUACUCAUGCCUGGCACUUUGAACACAACUUCAGACUCAGGAGCUGUAGAGCUAAUGGUUUUAAAACUGAAAGAGGGGAGAUUUAGGUUAGAUAUUAGGAAUAAAUUAUUCACCACGAGGGUAGGAAGGCACUGGCCCAGGUUGCCCAGGAAGGCUGUAAUUGCCCCAUCCCUGGAGGUGUUGAAGGCCAGGCUGGAUGGGGCUUGGAGCAACCUGCUCUGGUGGGAGGUGUCCCUGCCCAUGCAGGGGGGUUGGGACUGGAUGAUCUUUAGGAUCCCUUCCAGCCUUCACCAUUCUGUGGUUCCAUGAAGUUUAUCCAGGGCUAGUACAGAAGGUUUGGGAAUGUAAGAGACUGUUUAUUCCAAAGAGGACUAACAAGAAGGUUACAGUUUUAACCCUGGAAUUUUAUGCAACAAGAGAAGUCUUUUAUCUUCCAGAUUUUAAUCUCUAAAUUCAUUUGGAGUAAUAUUUAAUGGAGGGGAAAAGUCUAGGCAAAGACAUGAAAAACUAGGAAUACAUUAAUAAUGAAAGCAGAAAAUCUGUUCAAGUCAAUAAACUUUUCUAACACUA